AUGUCGAAAAAAACAACUCUUACGCUAUCGGAUAAAAUAAACUUAAUCGAGUUAAAGCAACAUGAGAAUCUUUCAGUGAAGGAACUUAUGGUGAAAUUUAAGUGUGGAAAAACGCAAGUUUAUGAGGCAAUAAAAAAUAAAGACAAACUAAUGGAGCAGUGGGUGAGUUGUAAAAAUUCUGGUAAAAGUAAAAGAGUGGUGUCGGUGGGAUAUGAACAAGUUGAACGAGAUUUAUACAGGUGGUUCGUCAAUUGUCGGUCGAAAAGUUUGCCAAUCUUCGGACCUAUUAUACAAACAGAGGCCACUAAAUUGGCAGGAAAACUCGGAAUCAGUGAUUUUAAAGCUUCAAACGUUCUCAUUAAAGGGUAUGAAGCUAAAGACAUUUAUAAUGCUGAUGAAACGGGUCUUUUUUUCAGAGGGAUCCCUACCAAGUCUUUAGUAAUAAAGGGCGAUGCGUGUGUUGGUGGUAAAAAAUCUAAGGAUAGGUUAACUGUAUUGAUGUGUGGGAGCAUGGCAGGUGAAAUCAGGAAGCCUCUUGUUAUAGGCAAAUCAAUUAAACCUCGUUGUUUUAAGAAUAUGAAUAUUGCUUCAUUACCUGUGACUUGGAAAUCUAACAAGAAGGCUUGGAUGACGGCCGAAAUAAUUGAACAGUGGCUGCAAUAUUUCAAUGCAGAUAUGCGAUUACAGAACAGAAAUAUUUUAUUAUUUUUGGACAAUGCGACAUGA